CCUCGAGAACUGCGCUUCUCUCGUGCGAUGAUCUUUGCCAUUGAGGAAAUAAACAACAGCACAGAGCUGCUGCCCGGUGUGAAGCUGGGAUAUCAGAUCCACGAUUCUUGCGCAUCUGUGCCUGUCACUGUGCAUGCGGCGUUUCAGCUAGCGAACGGAAAUGACUCUGUGUUUUACACAGCUGAUGAAUGCUCUCAGUCUGGCGCCGUAAUGGCUGUUAUUGGGGAAUCUGGAUCCACUCCAUCCAUCAGUAUGUCUCGUGUUAUCGGGUCCUUCAAGAUUCCUCAGGUGAGCCACUACGCCACUUGUGCCUGCCUGUCGGAUAAGAAGCACUAUCCAACCUUUUUCAGAACCAUCCCCAGUGAUCAGUACCAAGCUGACGCCCUGGCCAAGCUGGUGAAACACUUUGGCUGGACUUGGAUAGGCGCCGUCCGGUCGGACUCGGAUUAUGGAAAUAACGGCAUGGCAACUUUUCUUGAGGCGGCGCUCAGAGAGGGGAUCUGCGUGGAGUACACUGAGUCCUUCUAUCGGACCAACCCACGCAGUAAAAUCCAAAGAGUCGCUGACGUCAUCCGGAGAUCAACAUCAACCGUAGUUGUGGCAUUUGCAGCUCCAGGCGACAUGAAAUUUCUUUUAGAGGAGCUGGCUCUGGACCCCCCUCCACCUCGCCAGUGGAUUGGAAGUGAGGCUUGGGUAACGGACCCACACCUGAUGAGUUUCAGUUUCUGUGCGGGGGCAGUCGGUGUUGCCAUCCAGCAAUCAGUCAUUCCCGGCCUAAGAGACUUCCUUCUCAACCUUUCUCCCCCACAAGUGGCUGCCUCUUCAGUGCUGUCUGAGUUCUGGGAGGAUUCAUUCAACUGCAAGCUGAAAAAUUCUGAUCCACACAAAAGGACCUGUGACGGAACGGAAGACAUUAAAAAACUCUCUAACCCGUACACGGAAACAUCUCAGUUAAGAAUCACCAACAUGGCAUAUAAGGCUGUUUAUGCAAUAGCACAUGCUAUUCACAAUGCAGUUUGCCUGAAAACAAAUGAAACCAUACACUGUGACAAACACAUUAAACUGGAACCAAACCAGGUUUUCUCAGAGCUGAAGAAAGUAAAUUUUUCCAGAAAUGGUUAUCAUGUCUCAUUUGACUCUAAUGGGGAUCCAGUGGCUUUUUAUGAGCUGGUAAACUGGCAGAAGAGUGACAGAGGAGUUGUUAAACUGGUAAAAGUGGGAUAUUAUGAUGCAUCACUGCAAAAGGGCCAGCAGUUCCACAUCAAUUGGAACAUAACCUGGUUGGAGGAUAGCAUUCAAGUUCCAGUGUCAGUUUGCUCAGAGAGUUGUCCUCCAGGAACUCGUAAAGUGUUGCAGAAAGGAAAACCAAUCUGCUGCUAUGACUGUAUACCAUGUCCUGAAGGAGAGAUCAGCAAUAUGACAGAUUCUCCUGAUUGCUUCCCAUGCCCCAAAGAGUUCUGGCCAAAUGCAGAGAGAAAUGCUUGUCUUAUUAAACCUGUGGAGUUUCUUUCCUUCGAUGAAGUCCUGUCAAUAAUCCUGGCUGUAGUCUCAAUUAGUGGAGCCUGUCUGGCCAUCAUUACAGCAGUGAUCUUCUUCUAUUACAGAACAACUCCAAUUGUCAGAGCCAACAACUCAGAGCUGAGCUUCCUGCUGCUCUUCUCUCUGACUCUGUGUUUCUUAUGUUCAUUAACUUUCAUUGGAGCCCCCUCUGAGUGGUCCUGCAUGCUGCGGCACACAGUGUUUGGCAUCACAUUUGUUCUCUGUAUCUCCUGUGUUCUUGGGAAAACUAUAGUGGUUCUAAUGGCCUUUAAAGCUACACUUCCUGGAAGUAAUGCAAUGAAAUGGUUUGGACCUGUACAACAAAGAAUGACUGUAGUGUCUUUUACAUUUAUUCAGGUUAUAAUAUGUAUCAUUUGGUUGGUUGUGAGUCCUCCCUUCCCAGUGAAAAAUCUGACCACCUACAAGGAGAAGAUCAUCCUGGAAUGUGCGUUAGGCUCUGCUGUUGGUUUCUGGGCUGUGCUCGGCUACAUCGGCCUGCUGGCUGUGUUUUGCUUUGUGUUAGCUGUUCUAGCUCGGAAACUACCUGAUAAUUUCAACGAAGCCAAGAUGAUAACCUUCAGCAUGUUGAUAUUCUGUGCAGUCUGGAUCACCUUCAUCCCAGCUUAUGUCAGCUCUCCUGGAAAAUUUACUGUGGCUGUGGAGAUAUUUGCUAUUCUGGCCUCCAGUUUUGGACUCAUACUGUGUAUAUUUGCUCCAAAGUGUUUUAUUAUUUUGUUUCAGCCUGACAAGAACACUAAGAAACAUUUAAUGAACAAAAGUUAAGUUUCCCUUUUACAUUGUUUGGAAACAAUAUGGUUGAGUUGGUUUCAUGGCAAUAUAUCAACUAUACACCAACAUUUGUAAGCAGUGUAAAUAUUAAUGACUUUGUUUUUUUUCUCCAUAUAUGUCUGAAUUUACUGCUCUUAACCAUGACUCGUACUAAAAACAACAAGCAACACCCAUGUACAAAAUGUACCAAGGCUAAACGUCAGUUGUUUUCUUAAAACAUUAAGCCAUAAUCAUCAGAGCUACAAUAAAGACUUGAAGGUGUCA